AUGGCGAUGCUCCUCAUCGCCGCAAUGACCCUAGCAAUGGCGGAAGACAAUCCGCACCCUAUAUCAACGCGGGUGGUGACGUUCUAUGACAUCCUCAGCUCCCACGGCCUCCCUAUCGGCAUAUUCCCAAAAGGCAUCUCCGAUUUCUCCGUGGACCCCACAUCUGGCGGCUUCCGCCUCCGCUUGCCGUCUCCUUCGCCGUGCGAAACCGUGUUCGAGACGCGCCUACGGUACGAAUGCGACAUCACCGGCCGCAUCAGCUACGGGAGGAUUUCUGAUUUGACAGGUGUUACGGCUCAGGAGUUGCUUCUAUGGAUCCCGGUGGUUUCGAAGCAGUUCUCCCUCUCGCUCUUCGAGACGCUCAAGGAUUGUACAUCUCCGGAGGAGAUCGAUGGUUACGCUGAUAUGCUGAAAAUUCCUCAGGAAGCUGAGUUGUGGUAUAAUGUUGAUGCAUUGAGAAGGUGGUGGUUUGUGCUUGUGGCUUUUGAAUGA